CGUCGGCGGCUGCAGCAUCCAGAGCUGGCCGCGGCGGCCGGCGCGCCCCGCGCACAAAGGCGCCCAGCCCCUGGGGAAGGCGAUGAGCGCACCGCAGCCCGGGCCCGAGCCACGGCUGGAACCAGCGCUGCGUGCGCCCAGGAAUCUGGGAAAGACGCUGGGCGCGCCGGUGGCCGGCUGCCGAGGUGCGGCCCGUGCGCCCUGAGCGCGGGACUCGCCGCCCUCCAGGUCAGGCGCCAAGCUUCGGAGCACUGGAGCGCGGGCCUCGGCGCGCACCUAGGAUCGGCACAGUAAAGGCGCCUCCCGGCUCUGGGCCGGACCCCCGGCGCCCUCUCGCCGCGCCUGAGCGCCAACUUCGCCAAGAACGCUCCCAACUCCAGGCCACCCUGCCGGGCAGAGAAGGCGCUGCUACCGGGCACCAGUCGCGAGGACGCGCGGCUGGCUCUGGGGAGGAAGCCACCAUCUGCGGGGUCACUCGGGCGCCCCUGAGUGGGCGGCGGCGGCGGCAGCAGCAGACUUCUCUCCCGGGAUUCCGGGACCUGCCAGCGCUGGGGAUUCCUCCGGGGCAGGCGCUCGCCCUCUCUUUUAUGGAGCUUGGGCCACUGCCGCAGCCCAGUAGAGGCUGUGGAGGCCUGCGGUCCGGAAACCGGGUUCCCAGCCCCGUGGUCCAUCCCUGGCUACGGGGAGUGGAGACUCCCACGAGGUAGCGGUGGCCUGCAGUGGCCCCCUCCCCGCAGUGAGCCAUGGGCCAGAAGCUUUCCGGGAGCCUCAAGUCUGUGGAGGUGCGAGAGCCCGCGCUGCGACCCGCCAAGCGCGAGCUGCGGGGCGCAGAGCCCGGGCGGCCUGCGCGGCUGGACCAGCUGCUGGACAUGCCCGCGGCGGGGCUGGCGGUGCAGCUGCGGCACGCGUGGAACCCCGAGGACCGCUCGCUCAAUGUCUUCGUCAAGGACGACGAUCGGCUCACCUUCCACCGGCACCCGGUGGCGCAGAGCACGGACGGCAUCCGCGGCAAGGUGGGCCACGCGCGCGGCCUGCACGCCUGGCAGAUCCACUGGCCCGCGCGGCAGCGCGGCACCCACGCUGUGGUGGGCGUGGCCACGGCGCGCGCCCCGCUGCACUCGGUGGGCUACACAGCGCUGGUGGGCAGCGACGCCGAGUCGUGGGGCUGGGACCUGGGCCGCAGCCGCCUCUACCACGACGGCAAGAACCGGCCCGGCGUCGCCUACCCCGCCUUCCUAGGGCCCGACGAGGCCUUCGCGCUGCCCGACUCGCUGCUGGUCGUGCUGGACAUGGACGAGGGCACGCUCAGUUUCAUCGUGGACGGCCAGUACCUGGGCGUGGCCUUCCGAGGCCUCAAGGGCAAGAAGCUGUAUCCGGUGGUGAGUGCCGUGUGGGGCCACUGCGAAGUCACCAUGCGCUAUAUCAAUGGCCUUGACCCCGAGCCCUUGCCGCUCAUGGACCUGUGCCGGAGAUCCGUGCGCGCCGCCCUGGGCCGCCAGCGCCUGCAGGACAUCGGCUCCCUGCCGCUGCCGCAGUCGCUCAAGAACUACCUGCAGUACCAGUGACCCAGCGCGGGCCGCCUGACCGGCCGUCAGUCACCCGGCCCGCAGGAGGGGUCUCCCCGGUUCCCAGGACACCCACCUCGGAAGGCCAGGACCUGACGGCUCUGGAAGUGAGAUGCCCGUUGCCCACGGGAUCUGCUGCCCGGGAACAGCUCCCACCAGACACCGCCCUGGAAGCGGCUGGGCCGGCCACGGCCGGGACACCAGGACACGGCCCCGGUGUUGAUCGCAGGGCCGCUUCCUUAUUCAAGAGAGUGAAUGAACCCUUGGGCCAGGAGACUUCCGCUGUGUCCCCUGCGGACAGCGCCCGGGAAACCGGCCAGUGCUGGGAGCGAAUUGCUCGGAGGGCUGAAGGAUGAAGGUAGCCAUUGCCCACAGCCCCCCGGCCUGCUUCUGGCCAGGGUAGCAGGACUGUCGCCCCAUGUUAGGACUUGAUGCCACCUCGAGAGGCUGUUCCCCAGGGAUGCCCAACAGCAGAGUGGACGAGUGAACAGAGCCAUGUUUAGACGCCUCCUGCUUACCUCUGGGCUGUCGACCCACCCUGUCCGCCCUCCUUCCCGCCAGGCGCAGCUGCUGGCUCCCCAGGCCCUCUGUUCAGGGAAGAUGCUUCUGAUUCGCGCAGGGACAGUUCAUCCUGGAUGAUGAUGAUGAUUUUAAGUUGUGUUUGCAUUUGAGAAGGGGAAUGUGUCGAGGACCGUCCUUGGCCUACAGGUGCUUACGGGGACAGGCAUUGUGACACCCAAGUCUGAUGCAGUCCUGGCUGAGCAGCCCUCCCAGAGCCCCUAGCGCCUCUGGGCGGCGGCCGUGCGGGUGCAGCCUGGCUGUCACAAAGCCGUCUAGGAGCGGAUUAUUUUUUCACUUUAGGAGAAUUCCACAAGUUUGUUUCCUGUUUCAAAUGUGUGUGUGACGUGCUGUUUAUUUAUCCACCUGGGCCCCGGGGACAGCCUUGCCACCGGAGGGUGGACGCGAGAGUGUCCUGCUCUCCACCGGCCGGAGCCUGGUCCCCCCGCAGAGCCCGGCUGCUGCUGCUGCCGCCCCCGUCCGGCAUCUCUGGUGUGUUUCGGAUGCUCUGCACCCAGACUCCUUCGCAACUGGAAGUCGUCACAGCAGUGGGACACCAGAGUCCCAGUCGGCACUGCCUCCGCCACAUUAAUGUGAACUUGACCCAUGAAUGAGGAGCGUUUCUAAUAAAGUUUUCC